CUUGCGACUUCCGAAGUCCCGUCGUGCGUCUCGGUACUCUCUCUCUAGUGUUUUAGGGGCUGAGUUCUCCCUGGGAAACGCCACAGGUGUGACGGUCGCCGCUUGGAGUAGUUAGCAGCGCUGGGCGCGCACUCGCCACCAUGACGGACCGGUACACCAUCCACAGCCAGCUGGAGCACCUGCAGUCCAAGUACAUCGGCACGGGCCACGCCGACACCACCAAGUGGGAGUGGCUGGUGAACCAGCACCGCGACUCGUACUGCUCCUACAUGGGCCACUUCGACCUCCUCAACUACUUCGCCAUCGCCGAGAACGAGAGCAAAGCGCGCGUGCGCUUCAACCUGAUGGAGAAGAUGCUGCAGCCGUGCGGGCCCCCGGCGGACAAGCCCGAGGAGAACUAGCCCCCGGGGAUCUCCCGUCUCCUCCCCGCCCUCCCGCCUGACGAUGGAUGGCUCUCUGGUCUAUCUGACAACGUGGGGCGCGGUGAGAAUCGAGCCCCGUUGGCCUGGAACCCGUUUUUUGCCGCUAGGGGGGGACACGCGUGGCCCCCGCAGCCCAGGCCGUGGUUAUUGCACCCGCAGGCUCGUACUCUGUGCCGGGGUCUGGGACUGUGGGCCAUUGACUUAGCCGUGCCUACGAUCCGGCCCCGAAGAGCGGAGGAGGAACGCGGGACUUGUGUCACCCCCCACUUCCCCAUGUACGUUGUCUCGGCAGAACGGCUCUAAUGGAUAAAGGAGGGGAGGAGACCUCCAAAGACCAAAAGCCCCCUAGAAACUGUCGAUUUAGCCCUUUGGAGAGACUUUAGAUCUCUUAUAAUACGGGAUGUUAGUUCAUGAACCUGUGUUUAAAGUACCUUUGAUGUCGUAUUUCAAUAUAAUUGUUUUUCUUUUGUA